AUAUACAUUUUCGCCCGCCUAAAUUGGUGAGAUUCGUUACACUCAAUGGAUUGGCUCGGAGGCUUAUCUUCCAUAAAAGGCCAGCUAACUAACAUCACUAAAGACCUUUUGGCAGAAGGGACGCGUGAAAUAAAAGAUCCAGAGACUGAGUUGUCAGUGGCACGUGCGCGUAUAACUGAAUUGGAGUCUGUUAUUGAAACUCAAAAAACAGAAAUCAACUCUAUUAGGUCUCGGAAUGAAGACUUACUGGUGCAAUUAGAGUCAUCUCAGUUAAUGCUGGAUCAUACGAAGGGGGUAUUUAUUCAGCAGUUGCGUGACAAAGAGGCUAUAAUUUCUAAAUUACGAUCUGAAGUCUCUAAUGAGCGUGGAGAACCUGAGGGCCAGCCGGAAGCUUCACUUGGUAGCACCAGUAAUCAUCUCGAUACUAGUACGUCAAAAUCUGGAAUGCGACAAUAUCCUGAUCUUGUAAGCGAGGAUCAUCAAGUCCCAUCAAAUGUAUCAUACUCAAAUGGUACAGCUACAUGGGAAGAAUUGAAAAAUGAAGUUGUUCAGCUUCGUGCAGAAUUGACAAAGUGGAAAAAAAUUGCUAAGAAAAAAGAAAGAAAUAUGGCUAACACUUGUUCACAUGAAGUGCCAACUAUGGAAUUGGAAAGGGAGAUUGAACAAUUGAAACAACAAAUCAAUGAACUGGAAGAAAGACGUAGGACAGAACUAGCUGCUGUUCAAGAAAACCAUUCAGAUCAUUUGUUGAAUUUAAUGGGACAAUUGAAAGAAACUGAGACAGAAGUGAUUAGACUUCAAAAGCAAAUCGAUGCAUAUGAAAGCUGUGGCAUUAGCAUUGGUCAAGAUGGUCGUGUAAAUGCUUCACUUGAAAACACAACCAUCCUAAGGACUGACCAGUCAACUUCUACUGAGAAUAACGAUCAGAUAGGACAAGAAAGUCAAGAAAAUUUGAAAAGAUCACGUCCUGUUAAAAAGAAGAAAAAGAAACUAUCACCCCCUUCAACUGAAUUGAUUGAUGUAGUGGAAACUAACAAACCAUUCUAUUGUGAAGUCUCAUUACAGACUGAUUAUAAUAAAAUGAAAGAUUCAUCAAUGCAGGCUACUGAACAAGUUGAAAAGAAAGACGCUUUUACUGAAGAAAUUCCUCACCGAUCAAUUUGUUCAACAUCUGUUCAAGCUCAGUUACUCAUUGAAUCUUCAACUGCAGAAGUGCAAACUGAGUCGGAAUAUGAAAAAACAGCACCAAUUUCAUCACUGACAGUUGGAACGCAAUUUUCUUCAGCAAACUGUGUAAACUCGUAUGUUUCAGUAAAUGUUGUAGAUGCUUCGACAACAAGUUAUGAUUUAUCUAGUAGGAAUGAGCUGCCGUAUCAUCAGCAAUGUCCGGAAUUUUUCGAUAAAUCUAGUGAAUUAGGUGAGAUAGUUGAUCAGCUUGCGAAUGAAAUGAAUGCCUAUGAUCAAGUUGUGUUCAAUGUAAUCAGUCGUAAUAUCCCAUCGUCACCAGGAUCUUUUGUAUCACAGGCAGUGUUAUUUUCACAUUCGAAUUUUGAAAGCAUUGAAGACGUACUCGCCAAAUUAAAAGUUUUUAAAGACCUUAUAAAAUCCCGUCAUGAGUCUAUUACUAAAAGUGAUCUAUCCAAGAAUACUUCAGGUUCACAUGUUUCAGAAUGUGUUAACGAGUCUUCAAAUAAGACUUUAUCAAUACCAACUUCAACUGCAGGCAUUUCCGGAGAAAUAAGUGAUACUACAGAAGUUGAAUUCGAUGCUUGGCAAGAUGAUGACUUCCCUGAGUUGAAUUCAAAUGCCUCAGAAGAAACAAAAUGUCAAAAUGAACUGCCUACUGAUUCACCACUUAAUUGUGAUGAGAAGCUUCAAAGCGAGUUUCCAUCUUCUCAAAGUAAACUUCAAGAUAAAAUUCAACAACUAGAGGAAAGUAAUGUUGCUAGUACACAUCGUAUAGCUGAAUUAGAAGACGAACUCGAACCAUUUCGUCGUUUGCAAAAGUCUUUGAGCAAAACUGUGUCACACUUAUUAUCACUUCCUCCACCUCCUACUCUACCUAGUCACUUACUCGAUCGAAAGACUUCUUGUGCCUGGCCGCCUACAACAGUAGAAGAUCAGCUAGAAUUGUUAACAGCAUCUGAGAUUUCUGCACGCAAUGAAAUUAUUCGCCUUAACACUUUACUGUUAUCACUACAAGAGAAAUGCAAACAGUUGGAGUCUGAUAACCAACAGUUGUUUAGUCAGAUAACUAAAUCUGAUGAAAAUCUCAAGUCUACAACUUAUGCGGAAGACCAGCAAAUUUCAGGAGACUUUGUUGAAUCGAGCUCUCUUGCCUAUCAGUUAUGUGUGUCCCUUGAUCCUGAAAUAGGUGAAAGAGAAUGGAAUCCAGAUGAUUGGGAAGUUGAGUUAUUCACUCUACUCAAGGAUCGUCUAGAUUCUGAAGUAACUGAAAUAGCUGAUCAAUCUGAAAGUGUUGUCAAACUGUCUGCAGAAGUUGUAGCUCUUCGAGAUAUUUUAGCACAACACACAACAUUUAGAACACAAGCAGAACGUGAUUUAAAACAUUUACUGUCUACUAUUCAAAAUCAACAUGAUAUGAUUGAUAAACUGUCUAUAGAGAAACAACAUUUGGAAACUGUUUUGUCAGAUAUGAAAUCAAAAUUAUCAACCUCCGCUGCUCCUGCUGCUGCCACUACUACUACUACUACUACUACUACUAAUAUUACAACUGAAGAUGACUAUCAUAAAAAUGAUGUAAUACGGAUUGAUACACAAACACAAACUUUCACAAAUGUGGAUAAGUCUGAGGAAGACUAUGGGUGUUAUUAUAAGGAGUUAAUCAAAUACAUUUGUUCAAUGUACAAUGAGUUUAUUAUUAUUGCAUCACCAAACUCUCAGUCUUCUAUCCUAUUACCUGAAUCGUAUCAAAUGAAUGAUCCAAACAUUUUCAAUGUGCUUAAAAAGCUUAAUGCUAAAUUAAAUGAAUAUAAAGUUAAUUCAGAUAAUUUUCAAACAAUGUAUAAUUCUGUUGUGAAUAGUUUACAACAGAAACAUGCAGAAAGUCAGUUAUAUCAUGAGAAAUUACAACGCUGUCUUAUUGAAUUAAAUGAAACUAAUAAACGUCGUGAAGAAACAGAAAUUUUAGUCAAUAGUUUACGUGAACAAUUGAAUGCUAAACAAAUGGAAAUUGAUCCUAUUGUGAAGCAGUCUGUUUCAAUGAAUGAGUCGUUGCCCACAACACAGAAUUCUGUAGACCGUCUUCAGGAAAUGCACUUUGAUGGUCAAAUGUCGAACGAAGAAAGAUUAAUUGCUGAAAUUGAACGUUUACAAGCACAUUUAGUUGAGGUGGAAGAAUCUUAUACAUCUGAAGCUGUCAAUGCAGAGAAUCGAGAAGUUGAACUUCGUGGGCGUUUAGCAGAGGCUGAAAAAUCACUUGCUCAGUUAAAUGACUCUUGUAAAUCAGCAAAUGAACAAAUGUUAACUGCCUAUUCUGAACGUGAUGAAGCUUUGAAGCAUUUAGAGACAAGUCGACGUGAAGUUAUCGAUUUAAAAGAGAGUUUGACAACUCUUCAAACUGUUUUGGAUAAUUUUCAACGUAAUCAAGAGGCAACUGUUGCAGCUGAAACUGAACAUCUUCGAUCUGAGCUUAAUAGGAUUAUUCAGAAAGAGACUGCAACUAAACAAGAAGUGGAAGAACUUCAUAAAUCACUUCUUAGUUAUCAAGAAUUAACAAAAGAUUUACACCAGAUGAAAAGUGUGAAUCAACAGUUAUGUGAACAGAUUAUGCGUCUUGAAACGAAAGUAAAGAAGCGUGAUACAGAGAUCGAUGAACUUCGUGAACGCCUCACUAAAAUGGCUGUGGAUACAGAUGCACGAAUCGAUAAGAUUCUAAUUAAGAACUUGUUAGUAAGCUACUUACAGCUUCCUGCAAAUCAACGUUACAAUGGUAUACGUGUUAUUGGAAAUCUGUUAGGAUUUUCAGAUGAAGAUUAUUUAAAGGUCAACAAUAAUUCGGGUACAUUACCCAAAUUGAUGGGAUGGGUUCGAACUGCUGUUAGUAAUUUACCUAGUGGACCACCAGAAAAUGUUCUACUUUCAUCUGGAAAUGCUGAUAAGAGUUUCACAGAAUUGUUACUAGCAUUUUUGGAAGAAGAAUCAUCUCCUCGUUCUUCCAUAAAACUCCCAACAGACUAUUACACGCCUGAAAUGGUCAGUCAAUCCACUCAUGUUAGAAAACAAGUGAACGCUAACAUUUCCGAAGGUGAUCAGUAUUCUGUGGAUAAAAACUUGGUUAAUCUUGCUUCGCUGUCGAAUGCAUCAAAGCCUGAUAGCACUUCGAGUCCGCUAAAUCACAAGCCUGUUUUAUUUAUGCCUCAACAAUAAGUACUUCCAUCACGUUCAGUUUACUCAUACUCUUAUUGGCUGUGAUCACAGAAUUUCCAUGUCUGUCUACUUGAGCUUUCUCUAAUUUUGAUUUCAUUCUCUCAUUUGUUUUUUUUUCUCGCAGUUUUUCGAUACAAUAAUUUCUUCAUUACAGUUUAGUGAAAGACCAUCUUAAUUCGUUGUUAUUUUCACUGAUGUGUACUUCGGGUGGUCGAAUGGUUAUUUCACUGGCUGAAUAAUAACUGGUUACAGUGAUUUACAAUAUUCGUACAUUUUUGUGGUAAAGCUAUUUUGAGAAUACUGUUUUUUCGGUUGUCACCAUAAAACUAGACACCUGCUGAAAACUUGUUUCGCACUUAUGCAUAUGCCUGAAUGUAGUUAAUGUUCACUCCGUUUACAAGGUAUUUGUACAAUUCUCUUCACGUACUGUCAUUUUGUUAGCCAUCGUCUCGUUUAUUUGCCAGUUUACUAAUAAACUUGAUUACACAUCUAGAUUUAUUUGGCUACCCCGAAUACAAAUGAUAAGUAAGGAAAAUCCUUAGAAUCAUGUAAUGUAUUCACUCAAUGCAAUGACCCAGCUUUGUUACGUAUAUAAAUGAUGUAACUGUAGGGUGGAUUGAACACUAUCUAUUUGUAAUCAUGAUUAUAUUCCCAUUCAAGUUGAAUUGUUUUUCUAAGUUAUCUCAAGUGAAAUGUAAAUACAGCGAACUUUGUAACUGGUUUUGAGAGAAAUCAAGCUGAUUUUUUUAGUAGUAGCUUUACUAAAGGAAUAUUUAUCAAUGCGUUAAAAAAAAUCUUUCCAAUCCG